AUGACAUCAAUAAUCGAACCUACCACUCCUCCUAACCACUCAUUGUCCUCUAAUAAUAAUAGUACCAAUAUUAACAACCCUCUACAUUUUCACCUGCACCAACAACCACUCCACCAGCCAAAAACACCAGCUACAUCCACAACUGCAUCUUCCAACUCAUCAUCCUCAACGGCAAAUACUUCGUACAUGCACAAUCGCAGCUUGUCGUCUAAUGGGUCAUUUGCAAAAUUUGGUACUCAUCCUAAUGUAGGUAAAUCGGUUUUAUGGGAUUCUUCCAACAAGUUGAACCAUAACUUGAAUUUACCUAACUUCAAUAUUGAUAAUGAAGUAAUAUCGACUCCAUUAAUUAUUCCAUCGUCAAAUCGGGGCUCAGUCAGUUCGACAACCUCGACCCCAUCGUCACAAGUCUCCUCCUUCCAAAAAUUAUCACUAGACACUACCAACUAUAAUUCUACCACAACCAAUAAUAACCAUACAAAUAAUUCCAAUACCAAUAACAAUGACAAAAAUAUUGUCAAAACCACUGGCGCAAGCAUAGCCAACAAUGGUGGUGGCAAUUACAAGCUCGAUACCAGUACAGACAACAAGGAAAAUUUGUUGAGGAAGUCCUAUAAUGGAACGGAUGCCGUUGUUGGGGUGGGCUCAGAAAAUGUUGUUAACGUCAUUGGCGAUGUCAUAUCAAACUCAUCUGCUUCAACUCCGCCUUCAUCAAUUAAUUAUGCCCUCAACCCCGUGCCAUCAAUCAUUGUACCACCAAAGAUCGACAAAGAAUAUCUUGUUUCCAUUAACAAGUUGCCGCUUACUCAGUUGAAGCUGGAGAUAUUGAAACUUGCAAAGGACCAAUAUGGGUGCCGGUUUUUGCAAAAGAAGAUUGACGAGAAUUUGGUUUCGAGUUACCAAGUAAGGGCAUCAAACUUUGAGGUUAUUUUUGAUCAAAUAUAUCCUUGUAUGUGCGAGUUGAUUGUUGACCCAUUUGGUAACUACUUGGUGCAAAAGAUGAUCCCAUACUGCAGUGAAGACAACUUGAGCUUGAUGUUGGAGAUUUUGCAGUACAACCUUUGCCAAAUAUCGGUUAACCAACAUGGUACAAGAGCGUUGCAAAAGAUUAUUGACAGUUUGAACAACACGUCUCAGUUGAGUUUAUUAAUCAAAGGCUUGAAGCCGUAUAUUAUUGACUUGAUCAGGGACUUGAAUGGGAACCAUGUGAUUCAAAAGAUUUUAAACAAAUACAAGCCUCCCGACUGUCAAUUUAUCUACGACUCUAUAAUUGAGGAUUUGUACACCGUUGCUACUCACAAACAUGGUUGUUGUGUGUUGCAGAAAUGCCUUAAUCAUGUUACAUCGCAACAGUUGGAUCAGUUUUCCAAAGCUAUUUUGAAGUUUGACAACUUUAAAAUGUUGAUUAAUGACCAGUUUGGGAAUUAUGUGUUGCAAUACUUGAUUUCAAUCAACUCAAUCGAUGUAAGCUAUGGAAUGUUUCAAAAUUUUCUUCAAGUUGGCAUAACUAAUUUAUGCAAUUCCAAGUUUAGUUCAAAUGUUGUGGAAAAGUUUUUGAAAAAUUGUUAUAAUAACGAGCCUAUGGAUAUCGCUUUUGCCAGAUUGAAGGUUGAGUUGAUUUACAACAUCUUGGCUAAUGAUUUGAAUGUGUUGGUCAAUGAUCCAUAUGGGAAUUAUGUUAUCCAAACUUUGCUUGAUAUUUUAAUCCAUCCACAAAUCAACUACCUCAAUGUGCCCAAGAUCUCGGCACUUGUGCCAAGGAGAGACCAGAUUGACCCCGGAAAUGAACAAAGCUUGCAAGUUGCUAUUAUCAAGUAUUGGUUCCAAAAUUGCAAGAUUGCAUCAUCGUUUGGUAAGCGUAUACAAUCGAAAAUCAACACUAUUUUGAACAACAACGGUGCUACUUCGUCUUCAACAUCAAUCAACAAAGUCAGCAAGAAAAGCAGCCAAAUGAAUGCUAAUGGAGAAUUUGUAAUCAAUGAAGUGCAGUAUCAAGUAAGGCCGCAAAAUUACCAGCCUCUUGGUCCUCAUCAUGAGACACUGCUGGAAUUUCCAUAUCAGCUUGAACAACACCCUCAGCAACAAUAUUUCCGCAACAGUUUAACACCCAUGGCCAACCAGAAUGGAAGUGCCCUGUCUAUUGACUACAUCCACCCAUUGGACAGUGGUUCACAAAGAAGAAAUUUUUCCAUGCCCUCAAACUUUUAUUCAACAAAAUCAAUCAAUAAUAAUAACAAUAGUAAUAACAAUCUUCCUGCUGGAGCAAAUGAAUUCAGCCACAUGUACACACCUACUGCAAAUGUCAAUUCUAUGAAUCCAGGAUCAUCUGUAUUAUCAAUGCAUCCAAACAACACUGGUAAUGGUAUGAAUCCUCCGCCAUCAAACUAUUUAUUAGGUGGAGACAGUCAGUCAAAUAUGAGGAAGUAUACGCCAGAGGAUAUGGGUAAUAGUGCAAUUAAUCCUUACGCAGCACCUUACAUCCCACCAAUGAAUAAUGGCGGAAUGUACUAUCAGCAGCCACAACCGGUGCAAAUGGCGCCUCCAUUUUAUCCAGCCGUGAGUGGUCAGAGCCAUCAGCACAGUCCAUCAGUUGGUACACUCAAUCAGUCAAAACCGUACCAUCAGCAACACCAAAUGGCUGGGCACUACAUUACAAGAUCUAAAGAUACUACUCCACCUUUGAUGCAAGUUCCCAACUAUCAAAAUGGUUUACCAGGUCCGCAAGCAAUGCAGUUUACUCCAAAUGGUGUACAAGGGCAACAACCUAACUCAGUAACACCUAUGCUGAACAGAGGAGUACAUCAUUCGCAUAAUGUCUCGUGGUCUUCGUCAUCAUCCAACCAAGGCGGGACUGCAUACGGAACACCAAGUUGGUGA